GUAAAAGUGAAAGGACGCUUCAGAAUGAACUGAACCGUACAAAUCUCACCUGACCAGUCUGGAAAACACCUUUGCCACUGUUAACAGAAGGAAGUGGAUUUUCCAUCGGUGUGCAGAAAUAUAAAAAAUGGCUGAAGCUAAAGAAGUCUCAAAAACUAGUCAAGAGCUCUCACUUGUAUUUCCAUCUGAAAUUGUAUAUUUUGAUGCUGGAGAUGAUGCUGUUCUAUCAUGUCAUUUUGAGCCAGCAAUCAGUGCUGCUUCAAUGGAGAUCAAGUGGUGGAAAAAGGCUGAUCUGGUCUGUCAUUAUAAGAAUGGACAGGUGACAGUGAACAGAGACUAUGAGGGUCGAGUGAACCUCUCACUGGAAGAUCUACACAAUGGAAAUUUGUCUUUGACUCUCAGAGACGUCAGGAGUUCACAGAUGGGUCUCUAUAUUUGUGAGGUCAUCUAUGAAUGUCAAAAAAUACAAGAUACUGUUUUCCUCAAUAUCAGCUCUGAAGACUUUAGACUUGUCACUCCUGUUGGAACUGUAUCUGCUGACCCUGGAUCAGAAGUCAUCUUACCUGUUCAUCUCUCUCCUGAAACCAGUGCUGUGUCUCUAGACAUUAGAUGGUUUAGAGGGACAGAGCUCAUUUAUCAGUGUAAGAACAGGCAGGAGAAAACAAACCAUGAGAACCGAGUCAGUCUGUCCAUCCAGGAGCUGGAGAAAGGAAAUCUUGCUCUGACUUUGAGAAACUUUCAGCCAGCAGAUUCAGGAGACUAUACAUGCAAAGUCUUUCAUGAUGGAUGUCUGCAGACAGGAACAGUUCAUCUGCAAGUGAGAGAGAUUCAGACGAGUGAUGAUCCUAGAGUGGUACAUCUCCACAGUGUGCUAAGAAAAGUACAGAAAUAUAUUCUGCAACACAAAGAACAACUAUUACAGGAAACUUCCAAUGUUCUUCAAGAAACAUUUAUUCAAGAUGAAAUUAGAAAAAUAGCCUUUGACCCUACUCUUAGACGUUCAACUAGUAUAGAAGGAAUUCCUCCCCACAUGAAAGAGGAGGACAUGCACCACAGACACACAAUCAUGGAGAAACAAUUGUUUAAGCCAAAUAUCUUUAAGAAACGUUCUUCAAGUGUACCAGUCAAGAUUCAGACGAGUGAUGAUCCUAGAGUGGAAAAUCUCUACAAUGUGCUAAGAAAAGUACAGAAUGAUAUUCUGCAACCGAAAGGACUAUUACAGGAAACCUUACAUAUGCUUGAAGAAACAUUAGAUCAAGAUGAAAUUAGAAAUAUGGCCUUUGUGGCUGGACACGAUGGUGGUCAGCAAGUGUUGUCACAGCUAAGAGAUAUAAUAGAAGAAUCAACCAUUGUCCCUACAAGAGCUAGGACACAUGCACAGGAGAACCCUGAAACAUCAGUACAAAGUACUGCCACAGAGCAAGAGACAUCCUCCUCGGAUCUACAAUCACAACUACGAGAAAGAGAAAGACCAUCAGAAUCAGUCAUGACACCAGCAGGAGAAUCAACACCAACACCAGAGAGGCCAGAAGAUGGAAGGCAAAGGAAUCAACAAGGUCACGAAAAUAGAGAGGAAAACUGUCAGAUUAUGUAAUAUUUCAACAAAAAGUAGGAGAUAUACAAAUAUUAUCUAUUGAGGUUAAUCAUGUUAAUACAACAAUCUUAAUAUCUUAUUUAAUGAAUGUGUCAUGUUGGAGUAGACUGAAAUCAAUCCCAAUUUUUGUGUAAUCCCCAAAACCACACACUCUAACUCCAAACCCUACUCUCCAAAAACAAAUAUCCAAAACCAAUUUCUGACAUCCAAAAGCAAUUUCAGUAUACCAUAUGAAGGAGAGAUCACACCAAUGACAAUAACUGUAUCAAUAAAGGUAUAGUUUUAAUUUGUUCAAAUUUAAAAGAAUAUCAAAAUCCAUUCCAAAAAUAAAAUGAUAAAUGCACACAGGAAUAAUAUUGUUAAAAUCCCUUUCAUAACUAUUUUUCAAACUGAUGAACCAUAAACACAUAUACAGGCAAUCAAGCACCUGACUUUACAGAGCUUGAGGAUUUCAACACUUAUCAUGUUGGUGUGGAUGCUAAUGUAGUUAUUGAUAUAGUUAUCUUAUAUCCAUCAUAAAACUCUAAGAGCGAUUUUGUGAUGUCAGAAAAAAAAAUAGCACAGGGGUUUUCAUGUGUGCGCAUGUGUAUGUGUGUGUGGUGUCUGUCUGAAACAUGAACCGCUUGCAUUAGACAUCAGGAGGGUGACUACAGAGUGUGUGUUAUAAUUUGCAUUAGUCACUAACUUAGACAAGCUGUCAUUUCUGUUUGGAAACGGAGCGUAAAUAUGGAAGUCUUUCAAAUAUUUAUUAUCCUGUUGUGCUCUCCAUAGGACCAGCGAUUAGUCGACAUCAAGCUUAAAGCGUGGCAGAGCAUUGAAGUCGACUAGUCGAUUAGUCUGUGCCAUCCCUAUUGUGAUUAAACAUUUGUAUAGAAUAGAGCUCGACUAAAUGGCCAUAUUUUGUCACAGUUCC